AUGGACGCCUUCUUCGCGGAGAUGGCCGAGCGCGUGUACGCAACACGCGAAGAGUUGAUGGAGCAUUUCGAGGGCGCCUUCAAGCAGACCUUCGAAGGCCUGUCGGUGGCGGCACGUGCUGCCAAGAGGCGCGGCAUGCUGGACGCGCGCCUGGUCAAGGCAGUGGAACGCCUUGACGUGACGUACCACGUCCUCAGGCACUUCACCAGACAGCGCAGCAAGAAGCUCAUCCAGGACAUCUGCAGCCCCACGGACUCCCCCAGGCGGAACAGGGACAAGGAGCAGCAGAGCGACGACAGCGACGUCGCCGACAGCGCCCACAGGUUCGAAGCCAGGAUCUUCGGCAAGAAGGGCAAGGACAAUGAGGAUGACUGCGCAGAGGUACAGCACGAUGCCAUGGAUGAGAGUGGAGGCGAGCUCACAACGGACGAGAAGCUGAUGGACCUCAAGGACAUAUUGCUGGCUGUGCGGGCCGAUAUUCUUGGCCUGGCGGGGCCGUCGUCGGCGCCAGUGGACCAGGCCGGCAGCGCCUCGCAGCCGCUCCUGCCGGUGCCGGCUUUUCCGUUGCUGAAGGAGCUGACGGACGAUGACCCCUACGGGCAGGAGUGCAAGCAGAGCGACCACGAGCACCAGGGCUCCCUGCGGAAGGAGCCUGCCGUGGCGGUGGAGAAGAUGGACGACUUCGACGGGGCGCUCGGUGAUGAGGUUGUGCAGGGCGAGGAUGAGGAGCUAAAGAGGGGCCCCCUGCGCUUCGACCUCGGUUCGGAGUGCGACUCGGAGUGGAAGAGCGAGAAGCAGCCCCAGGAGACGGAGAACGAGCAGCAGCGGUCGACGGAGAGCGUCGACGCCGAGUACUACGGAGAGGGCGGCGUCAAGCACAAGAAGGCGCUGCACGGCAUGUGCGGGACGCAGGGGUUCAAGAGGGCUCCACUACGCUUCGACAUAGGCUCGGAGUGCGACUCGGAGACGGAGAGCGACGAGGAGCCCCAGGAGACGGAGAAAGUGGUGCCGCCGUUAGCGGCCAUCAUCGACGCGGACGGCGACGGCAAGGGCAGCACCAAGUCCAAGCAGGUGCUGUACGACACGCGCGAGACGGGCGACCCCGUCAACGACGAGACGGCCGAGGAGCUGGGCUACACGGUGGAGGACCUGCAGGCGAUCCUCGCGCAGUCGCUCAUUGAGGCGCGCGCGCGCGCCUGA